AUGGUUCGUCCCCCGGGGGGCAUGGUGGCCACCCAGCAGCCCCAGGCCCCCUCCCAGCCCCCACAGCAGAUGACCUUUAGCCCUGCCCAAGUUAGGGCUACUGGACCCAAUCAGGGCAUCAACCCCACUGUGACCAACCAAGGGGCGGUGAGUGCUGGUGAUUAUUGGGACAAAGGUGACUUUAUGGGUAACAGAAUGACAGGAGGCAAUCAAACAAUUUCUGACCCAAUGAUGUCCCUGAACAGCACCAUGAGUCAGGGAAUGCCUGUCCAAUCUAAACCUGGCACAACAGCUGGCUGGCCCAAUCAAAAUUCAGGAAUGGUGAAUGCGCCAGCUUCCGGAAUAAACCAGACAAUAAGUGCAACCAGUGCAAUGAGUGGACCAAAUGUGACAAACAUGGGUGGACAGAAUAUAGGGGUAACCAAUAAUAUGGGAGGGCAACAAAUGGGCGGGGGGCAACAAAUGGGUGGGGGACAACAAAUGGGUGGGGGACAAUCCAUGGGCGGGAUCAAUAACAUGAAUAUGGGAGGGGCAAACAAUGUCAUGAGUGUUCCCAAUAGCAUGGCUGGACAAAAUAUGGGGGGCAUGAGCAGCAUGGGUGGGGCCGGUGGUAUGUCAGGUCAAGGGAUGAGUGCUGGAAAUGGAAUGGGACAGAACGCUGCAACCAUGAGUGCUAUGGGUAUGGGCGGUGGGGCAGCGCCCAUGGGAGGGAUGAACAUGGCCGGGCCGGGUAUGGUGGGACCAAACAACAUGGCUGGACAGGGAGGGAUGCAGGCGGGGCUGAAUCAGCAGGGUGUGGCACCUGGGAUACCUGGGCCCAAUGAUCAGCAAGGGGGAUUUCUGCAGAAUCGUACCAUCAUCUGGAAGGGCAACCUGGAGUGGCAGGACAAGAAGACGGUGAUACCCGGUCCUGCUGCCAGAAUCACUCGUAGUCUCGGUUGCAUGGUCUCCAUUGCCAACACAGACCCAGAUCUGAACACCUCCCGCUGGCCGUCUGUGCUCAUAAUGCAGCUGAUGCCACAGGCCUUGCUGAACUCGCCGCAGUUACAUCCCCUGUUCAAGAACAGCAGACAGGUGGCCUUCCACUUUCAACAGAACACGAACCUCGACGACACGCGUAACUUGUACAAGGUCAUGGGCAGUGGCUUUGCUGGCUGUGUCCACUUUCCCCCCAGCACGGCCUGUGACAUCCGUGUGCUGCUCCUCCUGUUCUCUAACAAGCGCAAGUCCUUUGUGGGCCUCAUCCCUAACGACCAGUCAGGCGUGGUGAAUGGCAUACGACAGGUCAUCACCCAGCAGAAACAGCGGCACAUGUUUCUAUGGAAACAAAUCCUUGACCCUACUGCCAAAGCAGCCUGGUGA